AUGGGAGCGAUUCUCUGUGCUGUCAUACGCCUCGCCUUGGUUCAUGUUAUUCUCAUCUGGGGAACCAACAAUAUGUCUGGCACAUUCAGACGCACGCACGUUUUUACCCCCGAGGACAUUCGUCGUAGAGAGAUCGCGAGCAAAUUCGUGCUCACCAAUCGAGUGUUCUAUAAUUCAUAUCUCUGGUUGCAAAAGUUGGUUCUGCUUGAUACCUAUCGCAGACUGCUCAGGCAACUUCGCUGGGAGAAGGUCACGAUGAUCUCCUAUAUUGGUAUAUUCGCAGCGACGUAUGUAACCGUACAGACUGUGACUUUCACGGAGUGUGAUCCAAUCAGUCAUUACUGGAUCGUAUUACCGGAUCCUGGCAAAUGCUGCCAGGCACAGCUCCAAUUGAUCGUCCUCGUUUCCUCAGGUGUAUUGAAUGUCAUCACCGAUAUUAUGCUUAUCGCCUUGCCGAUUCCAAUCCUGGUUCUGGUUAAACGAUCCGCUGUUGAAAAAAUCCAGCUAGCGGUCCUCUUCGCCGUCGGUCUCUUCAUCGUCGCAAUCACCAUCGUUAGACUACCUCAAAACGUCAAAAAUCCCACUGUACAAGUGAACAGAACGACUUGGGCAUCCGUCGAGUUGCUCGCUGCCGCUAUCGUAGCCAACGCUCCGGUUCUGUACGGACUUCUGAAGGGACGGAGCCAAAGGUCCAAGUACGCCGCAUCAGGAGCCGGAUCAACUGGGCCGUCGUGGCAGGGACUUCAAAAGAGGUCGGCAAACGAGCUCGAAUUAGAACUGCAACGAAUCAGUCACAGUGUGGGAGGGCCUGUUCUCGGUUCAAAGAUAUCAUCCAGCCAUUAUUUGGAGAUCGAUGGCGGGAGUAGUCAGUCGUUGACUCGAAGCCUAGAUAAGUAG